AUUUGAUGCUGAUGUUUGAAAAGGUUCUAAAAUGUAUCAUGAAGCAGUCCCAUCUGCAAACAUUCAUAAAAGAAUAGCAUUUACAAAAGCAAGUUGAGCUUGGCUCAGUCUCUUUCUUUCUCUCUUUUAAAACACAGUUACGAAUUUGGUACAUUGGGAACAUAGUAUAUCUUGAUUUCAGCCAGGAUUUCACACAGUACAAUACUCUUCUUGGCAAGCUAAUAAAAUGUAAGCUAAAUCAGGUUUUCUCAACUGCUUGUCCACCAAAUGUUUUAUGCUUCAACUCUCAUAAUUUGUGGCCAUUGGCCAUGCUGACUGUGAAAUCUAAGUGAAAUCCCCAAAAAUCUGCAAACUCAAAGGUUGAACAUCAUUGAACAAGCUUAUACAGUACUGUAAUACUGUUAGACAGAUGUAUAGCUAAUUCAAAGAAUGCUGAGCAGUGAGCAUGCAGUGAGCAGUCCAUGAGCUGACAUCCAUCAUCCUUAUAAAGACAUAGAGAAGAGAGUAGAAGGGGUUCUCAAAUUGCAAACAAUCCCCAGUUGGAAAGGGUAGCUAAUGCCUUGGGAAACAGGAAAAGGAUUCAAGAUGGUCUUGAUGGAACAGAGAUAGCAGGUAAAAUUCAUAUAAUGAAUUUCAUCAGAAAUAAAUGCAGUGUUUUGCACUUAGGUUUGACAAGGCACACAGGUACAGGAUGAACAAUACCUAGCUAGACAACAGUACAUCUAAAAAAGAUCUAAGAGCUUUAGUAGAACACAAGUUCUGUGCAAAUCAGCAACAAAGCACUGGGCAGCUGAGAAGCCAAGUUGUGAAACAGAAGGAAUGGUGCCAUUCUGUUCUGCAUUAGUAUUAGGUACAGUUCUUGGUGAGUGCUUGAGGAAUGAUUAAGGGAGUUGGGCAUAGGGUUUUUUUGUGGGUUUUUUGGGCUAUGUGGCCAUGUUCUAGGGGGGAAAAAAACAACAACAACUAUGGAUGCCGGCCAUGAAAGUCUUCGACUUCACGGAGUUGAGCCUGUUUACAUGGUAUCUUCAGGCCUUUAAACAGAAUAUGAAUGGCCACUUAUCAGGGAUGCUGUAGUGGUGGAUUUCCUGCAGCAGUAUGGAGUGACCUCUCUGGACCCAUUUCAUGUCGCCCUCUGAACCCAACCUAAUCAACGCCACAGAUGUUGCAAUGUUAGCACUGCAACCCUGUGCAUGUCUGAGUAGAGGCAAGUCCCAUUAACCCAAAGGGGGACAUAUUCCCAGGCCAAAGGUUCGGUCUUUCACAGAAUGCAAUUGAGACACUUUUCAAUGGCUUCUUUCCUUGUCAGCUACAGCUCAGUUGGAAUAAUCAAUGAUGACCCAUUCGCUCUAAAGUUAAUGUGUGCAUUGCUGCUGUUGGAAUCUGAAUGUCAUAAAAUUCCUGCUGGGAAAAAACAUUGGAUUGAUCACGGUGCUUUGGCCUUAGCAGGAUGCUUUGGCUCACAGGGACACUUCUCUGCAUAUUCCUGGCAGAAGCAUCAGGGAAUACAGCACCACGGUUUGACAUGAACAGCUCCUUCACCCUGCCGGAGGACAUGCCCUUGAGAGCCUGGGUUUUUAAGCUCGUGGCUGUGGAUGCUGAUCAUGAUGAGCUGUACUAUACCAUAGAGGGUGACAAUGCCUACUACUUUGCUGUUGACCACAGAACAGGCAAUGUGACAUUGAAUCGAAAACUGGAUUAUGAGGAAACAAAAACUUUUCUUGUGGAUGCUGGAGUGACAGACAAUAAGAAUGUAAUGGUUUAUAAAAAACUCACAAUCAUUGUUACAGACCGGAAUGACAACAAGCCAAUCUUCCAGGAUGAACCCUAUUUCACAGAUGUCCCUGAGAAUACACCAGUUGGCUCCCCAAUCUUUAGAGUUGUGGCAGUGGAUGAUGACAGCGCAAAUGCCGGCCGGGUAUACUAUUCCAUUGAAGAAGUCAAUCCAAACAAUGUGGAAAAUCACCAGCUCUUCAGCAUCCUCUACAAUGGCACUGUGGUGUUGAAUGGUUCUCUCAGCUACAAUAACAAGAGCACCUUUUACCGGAUUAAGAUCCUAGCCACGGAUGGUGGGGGAUUACUGAAUGGUACAUUUAUCUAUCAGAACAACACAGCCUAUCUGUCUGUGACAGUUGUUGAUGUGGCUGACCUGGACCCUCAGUUCUUGGGAGAGCCAUACAUAGGCUCAGUACCAGAGGACUGCUCACCGGGUACAUCUGUGAUAAAGGUGUUUGCCAUUGACAGAGACAAGGACGUGAAUGAUAUCAUCUAUUACAGCAUCACCAAUACCACUAGCUUGUUUACUAUCGACAAUAUCACAGGGGUCCUAACUGUGAAUGGCAACCUGGACCGAGAGGGUGUUCCGGGUGAGGAGGUACAGCUCCAGGUUGUGGCUCGAGAAAAAGACCUCAACAUUUACCACCAGGUGGCACAAGUCAGCACCAUUGUGACCAUCCGGGUCACGGAUAUCAAUGACAAUACGCCUCAGUUCUAUUGGUGCACUGCAUAUCCUACUUGCAACUUCACAGGGCCUCCAGAGACUAACUUCACUGGUGAUAUUGAGGAACAUGCUUCUUCCAGAACACCAGUGGCCAAUCUCAACAUUGUGGCCUAUGAUCCUGACAAGGGUUCCAAUGGCACCUUCCAGCUGUCCUUGCAGGGUCCAGAUGCGUUGGCUUUUUCAGUGUCACCUCAGCAGAUUGUGAAUGAAGGGGCUGUGCAGGUACUAGUCAGCAGCCCAGGUCUUGUGGAUUAUGAGGAGACACCAACUAUGACUGUGGAGAUAGUUGCAAAUGACACUGGAAACACAAAUGAUUGCUGUUCCUUUGCCAUGGUCACCAUCCAUCUUGCUGACAUCAAUGACCACAGGCCUGAGUUCAAGCAGAAUGACUACAAACUCUCUGUGCUGGAGGAAAGCCCGCCAGGCACUGUUGUUUCUUCAGACAUCACAGCCACUGAUCCAGACACUGGACUCUAUGGAGAGAUCACCUACCAGCUGCUCCCUGCAAGCAUCCUGUCCACUUUCACAGUGAAUGCAGCCAGCGGAACAAUACUAGUGGCAAAUGGCAGUAAACUGGACUGGGGACUCCGGCCUGUCUAUUAUGCUACCCUGCAGGCAACAGAUGGGGGAGACUUGAGUGGCUCCACACAGCUGGAGAUCUCAGUGAUUGAUAUCAACAACAACGCUCCAAUUGUUACAGGCUCCUACAAUGUGUUUGUUAAUGAAGGCCAGGACAAUAUCACUGUUGAGAUCCAGGCUACUGACAAGGAUGACCCAGCCACCAAUAACAGCCGCUUGCGCUUUGAGAUUCUGCCUGGUGAAUUCAGCAGCAAUUUUACUAUUAACCCAGACACAGGGGUUCUAAGUAGCAAAGGGUCCUUGGACCGAGAGGCCAUCCCUUUGGAGCUCCAGGGUGAGAUGGUGGUGAUGAUACUCGUGCAUGAUUUGGGCAUCCCUCAAUUGAACACUACAGUCAAAGUCACCUUCUUAGUAGAGGAUAGAAACGACAAUGCACCUAGAUUCAACAGCUCCUAUUACGAGUUCUCUGUUCGAGAGCGAUUGUCAGGUAUUUUUGUGGGAAGUGUGGAAGCCACAGAUGCUGAUCAGACAGAGAUUAACAACCGUAUCUCAUUCCUCAUUGUGGAAAGCAGUGUUGGUUCAAACAAUUUCCUCAUGCACUCCAUUUGCCAAAAGUCUGGCUGGUGCCAGGGAAAUUUGCAUUUAGCCCCAGGUGUUGAAUUUGACUAUGACCUGAUGAAUCCAAAGUUCUUCAGUCUGACUGUGCAGGCUGAAAACUCGGACUUUGGGGGGAAGGUCGAUGUCGACACUGCUGUGGUCAUGGUGAAUGUGCUGGAUGUCAAUGAUGAGUCCCCAGCCCUCAUGCCAUCUCCCCCCAAAAGCAUUGAAGUCUUGGAAAAUGUCACCCUGCAUGAAGUCAUAGCUGUACUGGAGGCUACUGAUGUGGACACCAACCACUCACUGCUAUUCCAGGAGUUAGCUGUCACGUGCUCCAAGGACUCAGCCAGUGCAGGCAACAUCUGCCAGAAGUGGUUCCAUCUGGACCCUAAUGGCUCACUUCUUGUGAGCAGUAAAGAAAUAGACUAUGAGGUGUGUGACCUUGUCGAACUCGCAUUGCGUGUUAAGGAUGAAUUCACCGAAGUGGGAGACCCCUACAGCAGAAAUGAGACCCUGAAGAUCUUCAUUGUUGAUGUGAAUGACAACCCACCAAAAUUUCUUCAUAUCACUGACACCUUUGUGGUAAUCCCAGAGAUCGCUCCAGUAGACUUGCAAGUGGCUGUGGUCAAGGCUGAGGAUGGUGAUUCAGGUGUGAACAGUGAGAUCUCGUUUGCACUCUCCAGGACAGUUUUCAUCCAAGACAGCGAGGUUGAACUGAUCUAUGAAAACCUUUUCAAAGUGGUGACAACGGCAGAAAAAGACCUCUACAUUGGAAGCAUCCAAGUUGCAAGCAACCUUGACAGCUCACUGAAGGGGCGAUACCAGGUGACCGUGGAAGCCAAAGACCAUGGAAUGCCUUCACUAAAUUCCUCAGAAUCACUGGAUAUUUUCACUGUGGACCAGAGCUACCGUGUCAAACUAGAAUUCUCUUCAUCCUUGAAGGAAGUGCAAGAUAACUCCAAUGCAAUCAAAAUAGCUCUGAGUGCAGCAACCGGCACGACAGUCCACAUAGCAACAAUCAAACAGGCAUCAUCAACCUUCAGGUCAAUCAGAGCUUCAGGGAAGACAGUGAUGGAGGCCUAUUUCAUCUACAGCAAUGGCACAGCUCUAGGGGAUAGACUUGUAACUGCGCUUAUCGAGAAUAGCUCUGAGGCACUGACACAGCUGCUGAGCCUUGGCCUAUCACUGGUUGGUCCUGCAGACAUAAUCGAACCCAGCAAGGAGAACAUGCUGUUUGGUGUCAUUGCAGGGCUGGCUGGGUUUGUGCUUCUUCUUCUCCUCAUCACAACCCUGACAAUAAUCUGCAUGAAGAAAAGUCACACAAGGAAGCUGAAGGCACUCAAAGCUCUGAAGGUGGCUUCCAUGUUCUCAGCAAGUCCUAUGCAGCAGGGACCUGCUAUCCCUGGCACCAACCAGUACAACAAGGAAGGAGCUAACCCUGUGCUUGGUUUCACCUUGGACCCCACCAUGGACCUGGUCUUUGAGGAAAACUCCAGCUCUGAAGUAGCCAGCCUGAACUCCCUGGAUGUGAACAUGGUUGAUGCUCCAGAAAGUGGUCCAGCUUCUCCUGCAUUGAAGCAGGGAAAAGUGGGUGCUCAGUCCCAAGCAAAUGGCAGGGCGGAGCCCUUGAAAGCUGCCCUAGAACAUCACAACAAAGCCAAGCCAAAGCCACCAGAAUGUCUCAAGGAAGCAUCCAACCACACUACAGAAGUGUGACUAUAGCUGUUUACUCUUCCCAGAGGAGGAAACAGCCCUGAACAGCAGGACCUGUGUAGCAACUUUGCCAUUUUGACCUGGAGACAGUGUCUCAGAAGCCACUUCCUGUACAAUAAAUAAAAAUAUACUGCCAGGGAAUCCUUUUUUUUUUUAAAAAAACCAAAAAAACACUGACUCAUGGUUGUCUCUUUUAUGUCUCAGACUUGAGUCCUAUGCAGCAACAGAAUUGGCACAAUCAAAAGAGAUCACAUGGAACAGAAACAUGGAGAUUAUUUAAACCUAAACCUUAAUAGUGUCAGCAAAAUGUUGCCACCAUGUGUUCUAAAGUUAGAGUGCAAGAUGCCACUUCCUACUUGAUAAGGCACAAAAUGGGGGGAGGGCAGGUCAGAGUAAAGCUACUACCCCUGGGCCCAGAGUUCAUAUGUUGCAAUUCCAUUCCAUCCACUGUAAUCACCAUCACUUUGGUCUACUUUGGUCUAUUUUAGGCCUAGGGGAGACCUUCCCCCCUCAGCAGGCAGUAAUCCAAAAGUUGGCCUAUUGUAAAAAAAGGCCCAGAACCCUGGGGGCAGAGUUGAGGCAUGCAUCAUGUGGACACCACGUCCCGACUCCGUCCUCAGGCCAGUCUUAAUGGCCGGUCUGCACAGGGCCAAAGGCUCCCAAUCACAAGUGUUAAGCCUGCCAUGCCAUAAUAUUUCCAGUUGGGGACCCGGCAUUGGGCAAUCACAUGGUCUCAGUGGCUCUUUUUCCACUCACUCUGCUAGCCUUAAGCAGUCUGGUUUUCUGGUUUUCCACUUUCUUUCCCCUCCCUCCUAAAUCACAGUGCCAUAAUGGCUGAAAUCAGUUAAAAAGAGAAACAACAAAAGACCCCCCCCCAGGCAUGCUUCCUAAGGCAUGUCGGGCAGGGAAGUGGGGUUUGUAUCUCAGGCAACCAUUCUCAUCAAAGGGUUUGUAAUCCUAGCCAUGCCAGGGCUACCACCCUCAGAACCAUCUGAACUUCUGCAGGAAAUUGUUAUCUAUUCUGACAUGUGUUCAUUAUUUAACAUUAUAUGACGAACUUGGCUUGGACUCACUGGAGACCACAGGCUGGUUGAUGGCGUAUAAAUAUUGGCUUAAAAUUCAUUCUAGACCAAAUAGAUC